AUGCACCAGCGAACCGAGACCAAUGACACCUUGCACCAGGACAACCGCAGGAGCGGCAGCUGGGACCUCCUCGGUGGCAUCCGCAGACUGGAGCAUUCGUACGUUGAGUUCGACCCGCGGCGAGCCAGCCAGGCGCAUCUCGUCUACGCAGAGGGUGAUAUGCCGAAGAAUGCGUUCGUCAAAUUCUACAAUUACCUGCUCAACGUAUCCAUUAUCACCAGAUGGCUCAUCUACAUCAUCCCCGUCCUCGGUCUGCUCUGGAUCCCCGGCAUCCUGAGCUUCACCGCCUACCCGAACGCGACCGUCUGGGGUGUGCGCCUGCUCUGGUGGAGUAUCUGGCUGUCCGUCAUCUGGGUAGGCUGGUGGGGUGCGCGUGCGGUCACGCUCGUGCUCCCAUAUAUCGCACGGCACACCAUCGGCGUCGUCGCGGUCGGCGCGCGUCGGUACAUCGACUGGCUGCAGCCGCUCGGGCGGUACAUCGCGCUCUUCGCGUGGUCGCUCGCGGUCUGGGUGUCCUUCAACCCGCUGAUCAACACGCGCAAGGAGUCGACGGCGACGUCGGGCGACUCGCAGGCGCUCAGCACGACCGCGAAGAUCUUCUUCGCGAUCCUCGAGAGCGCGCUGAUCCUGCUCGCCGAGAAGGUCGCGAUCCAGUGGAUCGCGGCCAAGUUCCACGAGCGCUCGUACGCGGAGCGUGUCGCGCAGCAGAAGUUCGCCGUUCGCGUGCUCGUCACGCUCUACCGCCACUCGAGCGACAUGCCCUGGCGCAGCGACACCCUCCGCGACGAGCAUGGCGACGGGUCCCACCACCCUCGCAAGCGCGGCCGCUUGUUGAAGCGCGCGCUGCAUGGCGUGAAGGUCGCUGCGACGACGACUACGACGGCCCUCGGCAAUGUCGCGAGUGAGAUUGCGGGCACGGCGGUGCUGCAGCCGAACUCGCCACAGGCGGUUGUCAAGACGGCGGUCGAGAGCGCGAACAAGUCGAGGAUGUUGGCCCGCCGUCUGUUCUACUCGUUCGUCAAGCCGGGCGCGCACUCGCUCGUCGUGUCGGAUAUCGCCAGGUUCUUCCCGACGCCCGAGGAUGCAGACGCGGCGUUUGCACUGUUCGAUAAGGACAUGAACGGCGAUGCGACGCGAGAUGAGGUAGAGAUUGCAUGCAUGGAAUGCCACCGCGAGCAGCUGUCCAUCGAGCACUCGAUGCGUGAUCUGGAUAGCGCGGUUGGGCGGUUGGACAACAUCCUGAUGACCGUGUACCUCUUCAUCGUCGUCCUGCUUCUCGCCGUUGCCUUCGAAGCGCAACUGCUCACACUCGCCACGACAACCGGAACGUUCAUUCUCAGCUUGAGUUGGCUCGUCGGCAGCUCGUUCGUCGAGACGCUCACGUCGAUCGUCUUCCUGUUCGUCAAGCACCCGUACGACGUCGGCGACCGCAUUGCGGUUGACCAGAUUGAGUAUACUGUGAAGGAGAUUAGGCUUCUGAGCACGAUCAUGCUCGACAAUGGCGGCACUUGCGUGCAGGCACCGCACUCCCUGUUGAACACCAAGUUCGUCAUGAACAUGCGGAGGAGCCCGCAGAUGUCGGAGAUGUUCACGUUCGACGUCGCAUACGCGACGACGUUCGAGCAGAUCGAGAAGCUGCGCGAGCUCAUGCUCGCGUUCGUCAAGUCCGAACGGCGCGACUUCCAACCGAGCUUCGACGUCUCCAUCGCCGACUUCCCCGACCAGGAGAAAAUGACACUCACCACGGACAUCAAGUACAAGAGCAACUGGCAGCAGGGCGCACUCAAGGUGACCCGUCGCAACAAGUGGAUGACCGCGCUCAAGACCGCACUCGGCCAGGCAGAGGUGUACGGCCCCAAGGGACCGCCGGACCCACCGCCGGCGGUCGAGCGCGUCACGCUUGUGCCUUGGGAGAAGAUCGACGCGGAGGACCAUAAGGCGGAUGAGGAGGCGGAGACGAAGGAGCGCGCGGAGGGCAAGCGCAGCGGGGCGGGCACUGGCACUAGCCCCACGCCGCAGGAGACUGCGGCGAUGCAGAUGCCGCAGCAGUGGACGCUGUCGGAUCACGACGCGAUCAUCAUGGAUGAUUCGAGAGACGUGUUUGACCAGGAUACCAUGGUUGGGGUGAGUGCACCUCUUGGUAAUGUGCCGUGA